AUGGCCAUCUCCAUGCAAACGGGAGUUGGCCUAGCCGCUUCCUUCCUUGUAAUCGCGCUCGCACUCCGGGAUGUCCUUCGACCGAAGGGCAGUGCUGUUGUGAUUCUCCUGCUGUCCGCGGUGUGGUACUGGACCAGCGCGGUCUGGGCUGCCGUGACCAAGGACAUUUUGGCAGAGCUUGGUGCAGCGCUGGUCUAUCCCUCUACGAGCAUAUGGUUGACAUAUGUCCCACAGGCCUUGACCUAUUUCUUGGUGCAGAUCUUUGCGUGGCUUGCGGGGCUCAACAUCUUUGAAGGAACCUUCACUCGCUCCAAAAGCGGUAUGAGCUUCGGCACUUGGCAGCUUGCUGGGUCUGCGUAUUUUUAUGGUCAGCUCUUCACCGUGGCGGCACUGGCUCUCGAUGCGCCGAGCAUCGUGUUCGUGGUAAAGGCCAUAGAGCCUCUCAGCACUGCGCUGCUUGCGAUACCGGUGCUGCGACAGAGCUUCCAGCCGCAGCUGUUUCUGGCAAUCGUUGUUGCAUGCAGCGGCAUUAUGAUAACUGCGUGGGCCGCUCAUGGCGGCUCCAGUGUGGUGCAGAGUGGCAGCGCCUACGUUGCGAUGUGCAUGGGGAUGCUGGCCAACAUCGGCUUCUCCUGCCGAGCCUGCGUGGCGAAGAGGGCCUUGGUCUUCGAGAGCAACCACCCGCUCCAGGCGUUCGGGAAGCUCACCGUCUCUGCAACGCAGUCUGGAACUGUGCUCCUUGUCCUCUGGUUGCUUCUGGGACGAAUGCUGCCGAACCACGAAGCCGCCACCAGCUUGAUCAUGCACCUGUGCCACCGUCCCGCUGCAUGGUUCACGGCAGCAUUGACUUACUUCUUGUAUCAGAGCUCCUCUUUGCUUCUUUUGAACUGCUUCCUGGUUGAGACGCAUGCGCUGCUUGUGGCUCUCAAGCACGUUUUCGUUGUGGUCAUCGCAUCCUUGAUGACAGGAGCUGUGCUCAAUGAGUACAUGGUUCUCGGACUCAUCCUGGUAUGUACCGGCGUGUGCUGGUACCUCACUGACAGCAGCCCGGCCAAGUCGGAGCAGGAGCCGAUCCUGCCCAAAGUGGGACAGGACACCGAGAGCCACGAGGAGGUUCCACGACUUCCGGGGUCGAAGGAGGAAGACUUGCCAAAGGUAAAGCUGACUUCCUCCAGCAAGGGCUCCUUGAGACCGUUUCACGCCAAGGCCAUCUCUAAUGUUCAUGCAGCGCCGAAAUGGACGGUUCUUUACGACGAGCCGACAGGAAGGCUCGCCCUAGUCUUCGAGCUCAUGGACAUGAACCUCUAUGAAGCCAUCAAAGGGCGAAGGCAUUACUUGCCAGAACAAAAGGUCAAACACUACAUGUACGAGAUGCUGAAGGCAUUGGACCACAUGCAUCGGAACGGCAUUUUUCAUCGAGAUGUGAAGCCAGAAAAUCUGCUGCUGCUCGACGAUGAGAUCAAGCUGGCAGACUUGGGCAGUUGCCGUGGCAUCUACUCUCGCCAGCCGUUCACGGAGUACAUCUCCACCAGGUGGUACCGAGCGCCGGAAUGCCUGCUGACGGAUGGGUACUACAACUUCAAGAUGGAUCUUUUUGCAGCUGGUUGCGUUUGUUUUGAGAUCGUGGCUCUGUUCCCUCUCUUCCCUGGGCAGAAUGAGAUGGAUCAGAUACAGAAAAUCCACAACGUGCUGGGCACACCUCCGGCCGAGCUUCUCGCGAGGAAGUUCCGGCGCAAUGCCUCCCACAUGGAUUUCAACUUCCCCGAGAAAAAGGGCACCGGCAUCGAGCGGCUGAUCCCUCAUGCCGACCCAGAGCUCACCGAGCUCAUGAAGAAGCUAGUGAGGUAUGAUCCCGAUGAGCGCAUCCUGGCAAGGCAGGCGCUGAAGGACCCAUACUUUCGCGAGCUCCGUGAAGCAGAGAAGGACGGGAUAAUCGUCGUCGCGCAGCUCCAGUCGACCAGUGGUGGCUCGCGAAGUCGCGAUCCCAUGUCCAAGGCGGGCCUCAGCGCCACGAGCAGCGUGGCCAGCAACGCCGAGCAUGAGAAUCCAGAGCAGACCCAUGAGCUCGGGUACGUCUCGCCCUUCGGCGCGAAGAUGCCGGGAGGAGGGUCCAAGAAGCGCCGGGCACCCGGUGAGCGAAUGGCUUUGGCUUCGCUAGACUCUCUAGACUCUAGACUCCAGCCGUUGGAGCAGCGAGGCUAA